CCUGUCCGCUACCGAUGGCAGCAGCGUGAAAGUGACCUCUCCCUUGCUUAUAAAACUAGCGACAACCCAAGAACAAAUAAUUAGGGAGGUAAGAAAGGAAAAAAGACCGAGAAAACUUGACCGAGAAAACUAGCAGCCAUUUUCACACAAAAAAGUCAGAAAAACAAACCAACAAAAAAAGCAAAAUAGGCAAGUGGUUCCGUUCAGUAUGAACGGAGGCUAGUUCCACCGCUUUUAGAGCUUUCAAGGGAUUCUGAUCGAUGAGUUUUGGGUUUCAGUAUUCGCACCAUUCGGUUUCAGAGCUCGGUUGCUUUGGUUGUUAGGCAUUUCAAUCGGUGAAAGGAAGGAGGAGGUGGAGAAGAAGAUGAAAAAUGGUUGCGACGGUCGGCGGUGGAUCUAGACUUUUUUUUUAAUUUCGAUUUUUUUUUAUCUAGGAAAGAAGGAAAGGCUUUUGGAAGAAAUAAUCAGAUCAAAAGGUACAAGAGAUCAAGAGAAAUUUUCUGUGAUUUUCAGACAUUUUUCCGACCCCUGAUACAGGCGUUUGACGGACGCGGCGGCUGGCUACAUUCUGAGCAGCCUUGGCCGGCGUGGGCAGUGAGAUGUACAGAGAAAAGAAAUGGCGCUUCUUAUAAUUACGAGGGGAGAAGAAACUUUAGCCAGAUGAAGUUUUUGGAAUAAAAACCGAGGGGAGAAGCGGGCCAGUAGCAGAGGAAAAGCCCAGUGCGUGACCCAAAGUAGAAGCUCAGUGGAUCUUAGGCCCAGAGAAGGAAGAGCUCAGCAGAGAAAAACCAGAAAAGAAGAGAGGUUCAACAGAAAACGAAAAAAGGGGGUGGAGAAGGGUCUAAGCCCGUGGAGGCCUAACAGCGAUAAAAAAUAGUGUGCUCUUACCUAGUCCUCUAAAGUGGGGCAAAGGAGAGUUUUCUGAAGAUGGGUUCUUACGGAAUGCUUGCCAGAAGGAUUGUAGAGACUGAAAUGCCAGUCAUGGUUCAGAUACAGGAAUUGAUCCGAGGAGCUAAAAAUGCUGUGUCACUUGCUCAGGGAGUAGUAUACUGGCAACCACCCAAAUGGGCUUUGGAUAAGGUCAAAGAUCUUAUUGAGGAGCCUUCGAUUAGUCGUUAUGGUGCUGAUGAAGGUCUUCCCGAACUUAGAGCGGCAUUGACAAGAAAGUUGCGUCAAGAGAAUAAUUUGCACAGAUCUUCAGUGAUGGUUACUGCUGGUGCAAAUCAGGCAUUUGUAAAUCUUGUUUUAACGUUGUGUGAUGCGGGGGAUUCUGUAGUCAUGUUUGCCCCAUAUUAUUUCAAUGCCUACAUGUCGUUCCAGAUGACAGGUGUCACUAAGAUACUGGUGGGUCCUGGUUACCCAAAGACUCUUUAUCCAGAUGCAGACUGGUUAGAAAAGACAUUGCUGGAAACUAAGCCUGUUCCAAAGCUUGUUACUGUUGUUAAUCCUGGCAACCCAUCUGGGACCUACAUUCCGGAGCCACUACUUAAGAGGAUCUCAGAUCUAUGCAGAAAUGCUGGAUGCUGGCUGGUCGUAGAUAAUACAUAUGAGUACUUUAUGUAUGAUGGUCUAAAACACUCUUGCCUAGAAGGAAAUCACAUAGUCAACAUCUUUUCUUUCUCAAAAGCCUAUGGGAUGAUGGGAUGGCGAGUUGGAUAUAUUGCAUACCCCACAGAAGUGGAGGGCCUGGCAACACAACUUCUCAAAGUUCAAGACAACAUACCUAUUUGUGCUUCUAUCAUUUCACAGCGCCUUGCCCUUCACUCUUUAGAAGUGGGACCUGAAUGGGUUCUUGAACGAGUCAAAGAUCUUGUCAAGAAUCGAGAAAUAGUAGUAGAAGCACUCUCACCAUUGGGAGAAGGUGCUGUACAGGGUGGAGAAGGUGCAAUUUACUUGUGGGCAGCUCUACCAAAGAAAUAUGUUGAUGAUGUCAAGGUUGUUCACUGGCUUGCUAACAGGCAUGGGGUGGUUGUGAUCCCAGGAACUGCAUGUGGGUGCCCGGGCCAUGUAAGAAUUUCCUUUGGUGGGCUGGUAGAGGAUGACUGUAGAGCCGCUGCAGAGAGGCUGAAGAGAGGAUUAGAAGAAUUGGUGAAAGAUGGAAUGGUGCAGUAA